ACGUCUGUGCGUCUAAAAACAGACCAAGUGCUGCUCACAGCCGUCCACAGGCCUCCAACGCUCCUCUUCUUCUUCGUCUGCUUCUUUAUUUCUUUAUAUUGUUUAAUCUCUGGGACGCCUCCCUUGUCCUCCCCCAUCGUGUCCUGGUGACGCCUGUCUCCCCCGGGACACUCGCCAUCAUGGAGAGUCUGGAGAAGCAGCUCAUCUGUCCCAUCUGCUUGGAGAUGUUCACCAAGCCCGUGGUCAUCCUGCCCUGCCAGCACAACCUCUGCCGCAAGUGUGCCAACGACAUCUUCCAGGCGUCCAAUCCCUACCUGUCCACAAGGAGCGGCUCCACGGUGACGUCAGGCGGUCGUUUCCGCUGCCCGUCCUGCCGACAUGAGGUGGUUCUGGAUCGACACGGGGUCUACGGACUGCAGAGGAACCUGCUGGUGGAGAACAUCAUCGACAUGUACAAACAGGGAAGCAGCAGCAGUCGACCAGAACCUGAGCAGAAGCAGGAUCAGCCGAUGUGUGAGGAACAUGAAGAUGAGAAGAUCAACAUCUACUGUGUCACCCACAGCGUUCCCACCUGUUCCCUCUGUAAAGUGUUCGGAGCUCAUAAAGACUGUGAAGUCGCUCCGCUGGACAACGUCUUCCAAACACAGAAGGCAGAGCUGACGGACUGUAUCUCCAUGUUGGUUGGGAACAACGAGAGGAUUCAGGCCAUCAUCAUUCAGCUGGAGGAAACCUGCAGAGCUGUCGACGAAAACGGACGCAGACAGAAGUCAAAGGUGUGCGAGACGUUCGAUCACCUGUUCGCUCUGCUGGAGGAGAGGAAAGGUGAGAUGACCCUGAGGAUCAACUGUGAGCAGGAGGAGAAACUCGACUACAUCAGAGGUCUGAAGAGGAAGCACACCGACCACCUGGAGACCGCCGCCAAGCUGCUGGAGACCGCCAUCCAGACCCUGGACGAGUCCGAGAUGGCCGUGUUCCUGCAGACCGCUAAACCCCUGCUCCAGAAGAUAGUGAAGAGCACCGACACCUCUCACCUGGAUAAAGUCCAACACGGCUACGAGAAAAUGGAGCACUUCACAGCUAACUUUGAGCGUCAGAGGAGAGCGCUGAUGAACGUCGACUUCAUCAAACUUGAUGAGGAUGAUGAAGAUGAUGAAGAUGAAGCAGUGGAGGUGAGAGGGACGCCAGCAGGAAGUCGAGUUGAGCAGCAGCAGCAUGCCGCAGGAGUCUCAGCCAAUCAGCAGCCUCCUCUGUCUCCUGUUCAGCCUGCAGGUGUUCAGCUUGCAGCUUUGCCCCCUCAGAGACCGCCAGAGGCUCCGCCCACCACCACCUCGCAGACAAAAAGCCAUGCCCCAUCACCACCAACAAGCCAAGCACCGCCCCCUCUGCCCCUGCCGACCGCCAACCCCUCCAGCCCCUCCAGCACCGCCCCUCAGGUUCAGUCUGAUCAGCAGAACGAGUCGGAGGACAAGGACGGACCCAAACACGUCUUCUCCUUCAGUUGGCUCAACCAGAAGUAGAACCAGGGACUCCUGAUCCUGGACCAGCCUGAGCCGGUCCUCCUCUCAGCCAGACUUCAGUUCAUUGUGACCUGGUUUUACAGUCUUUUAUUAGAGGACACGUUCAGCGGGCCGAAACCCUCGGAGGUUAGAAUCUCUUCUGAAACAGCGUUUAAGAGACGACGUCUGAACUGUCGACAUUUUGACCUUUAAACACAAAAACUGAAAUGUUCUCUGUUGAAAUGUCAAAUAAAUUAUGUUUUUUAUGAA